AUUAAAUGUUUGUCAUUGUUUUAUCUCGAAAUUAAAAAAAUUACAUUUUUCAACAAAAUAUUGUAUUUAGAAUCUAGAUAUUAAAUGGUGAAAUCUGUUAAGUUUGUAUAUCAAACUAUAAUUUUGCAAUGCAUGUGAUAACCCAACCCAAAUUGAUAUGAGUUUGAACUCAUUAAACCCACUUAUGUUAUAUUUCAAAUUGUAUAUUCAAUUCAGCCGAGUUAAACGAAUAAAUAUUCAUGAAUUUGGACAAAUUAUCACUUCUAGCAAAACACAAAAUCACUUAAAAAAUCACUAUUAUAACUGAUUUGGUGCGGUUCUACACUUCUACUAAUGGCUGAUCCAAUUUGUUUCUUAUUCUAAUCCAAAAACUAUGUUAGAAGAGGAAGAGGAAGAGAAGGAGCAAUCGACAGGGUUGCUGGUUGGUUGCAGCGUUUGUGACGUCGGGCCAGCCCAACCCACUAAGAGAUUAGGCCUUUUACAAGGCGGACUGUUGGGCCUCUACCACUACUACGUCUUCCUUCACAGUUCACAAAUGAGGACGGUCUUCUCUUCUCUUCUCCGCCGCUUUCGCCAGUCUGCUAGUUCCGUUUUGUUUUCCUCGCCGGCGAAGAGUCUAAGCCAUGUUGUCUUCGACCCGAGCUAUCAAGCUCAUCCAAAAACUCCUGCCUACCGGGAAACCAAAGAUAUUUCAUUUGAUUCCCAGGUCCUUAUGCUGCCCGGCCGAGUUACCCCAACCCCCGGAAUCGGCCGAGUCGCCCGACCUCCCGACCUGGCUCCGAGACGACCAAAUCUCGGCGACCAAAGAUGCCGACGAAUGCGAUUUCGUUAUUCCUCCUCUUUCCAGCUUGUUUGCGAAACCCGGUUACGGGACUCACGUGAGGGUCGCCAGACGCUUGCUGUCCGGAGCAAAUGACGCCGACGUUGAUAAAGUGAGCCAAAUCCUGAAGAACCGGUACCCGACGCCCGACGGCGUCGUUCAGGCUAUGAGUAGGUGCGAUGUUAAGGUCAGCCACGAUUUGGUUAUGCAUAUUCUGAAGAGGUUUAGCAACGACUGGGUUCCGGCUCUGGGUUUCUUCACUUGGGCAAAAAAUCAAACAGGUUAUGUGCAUAACCCGGAAGUUUACAAUUUCAUGGUUGAUGCUCUGGGUAAGUGCAAGCAGUUCACUUUGAUGCUGGAAUUGGUUGAGGAGAUGAAGGGGUUAGAAGGGUAUGUGUCGUUAAACACGAUGGCCAAGGUGAUUAGGAGGUUUGCUAGAGCUCGUAUGUACGAAAAUGCCUGUGAGGCGUUCGGGAAAAUGGAGAGUUUUGGUGUCGCUAGAGAUGUAGCAGCACUAAACAUUUUGAUGGAUGCAUUGGUUAAAGAGUGUAGCGUCGAGAGCGCUCAGAGUGUGUUUUUGACGUUCAAGGAUUCAAUACCUCCGGAUUCCAACACCUACCGUAUUCUGAUUCAUGGCUACUGCAAGGCGCGGAAGUUGGUAGAAGCGAGAAGAACCAUGGAGGAUAUGGAGCAACAAGGGUUUCAGCCUGCUGCGUUUGCCUACACUUGCUUCAUCGAAGCGUAUUGUAGGGAUCGAGAUUUCCGAAAGGUGGACACCAUCUUAGAGGAGAUGCAAGAGAAAGGUUGCAAGCCCAGUAUUGUUUCCUAUACUAUAAUCAUGCACGCUCUAGGGAAAGCCAAACAAACGAACGAAGCUUUGGAGAUUUACGAAGAGGUGAAGAGAAAUGGCUGUGUUCCUGAUGCCUCAUUCUAUGGCUCUGUGAUUUUCGUUUUGAGCGAUUCAGGAAGGAUUAAGGAUGCUUGGGAUGUAUUUCGGGAUAUGGCAAAGCAAGGCAUUCGUCCCAAUCUGUUGGUAUACAACACCAUGAUUGCUUCGGCUUGUGCACAUUGGCAAGGCACACAUGCUUUGGAACUACUGCAGAAGAUGGAGGAAGAUUCCAUCAAGCCAGAUGUUAAGACCUAUGCACCAUUGUUGAAGUUGUGCUGCAAGAAGAAGGCGUUGAGAGUGCUGAAGCUCGUGCUUAAUCACAUGUUUGCUAACGAUGUCAGCAUUGAUCUUGGGACGUAUGAGCUUCUAGUGCGUGGGCUUUCUAUGUCUGGCAAACUUGAGGAGGCAUGCAUGUUUCUUCAGGAAGCAGUUUCGAAGGGUAUGGUUCCUAAGGAUAAACUGUUCAUGUCGUUGUUGGAUGAUCUUCAGGGAAAAGGCUUGACUGAAGCUGAGGAGAAUGUGAAAAAGCUGAUGAAGUCUUGUCAGGCAACAAGGAAAGAGCGAGAUUAUGCUAGUUUUGUUGAGGCCUAGGACCAAUAGCUUGUGAGUUCAUUUUCCUAAUGGUGCUUAGACCUUAGUCAGUCAAUUAACUAUAUGGUUAGAACAUUCGUUCCAGGCAUUUUACCCUACAUUUCACCCUGAAAAGCAGGUUCAUGGCAGCGCGUUCUAUAACCAAUGAUCCAUCUUUUGGCAAAACUGCUCAUUGCAUAAACAGUAACAUGAGAU